UUACGCAUUUCCUGGAUACGACGUUGCUAGGAACAUCAGACUGUUGAUUGUGUUGUUGCCCAGUGGAGUAGGUCUAUUUGGUACAACCACAGUCAAACUAAAGAUGUCUUCGUUCACAGUGUACGAUCUUAUUCCCACAGAGGAACUUAAAAAACAAAAACCACCUAGACAUGUAUCCAAAUUCAAGCUCAAUGUCAAACAGGAACAAAAAGAUAACAGAGCCAAUCACAAAACAAUGGGACAGGCUAAUGUACCUGUUCCCACCACAGAUGAUUACCUAAAGAAGCGGUCAAAGGAACCAGUCCUUCCCGACAAAACCGGGUUCAAAUACCCUGAUGAGGAGAGGCGAAGACCAGCUGUACCACCUAAGGACAACACUCCACUCAUGGGUCUCAAAACGAACAAGAACUUCAUCACAACCAAUGCUGUACAGAAUAUCACAUCUGUACCGAAAGCCCCUCAAAAGAUCUAUUGUGACACCAGGAAUGGAGACAAAAAUUACCUUGAUCCUUCUGGGCUGGAGCCAAAAUACAUUCAUAAAAAGGAGUACGGAGACACACCAAAGUACCUAGUUAAACGUAAGGAUGAGAUGCAGAAAGCACAGGAAGAGUAUGAUGCUUACAUUGCGGAGCAUUUCCGUCGUGGUGCCAUGAGGUCUUUAACUGAGGAAGAAAGACAGGCAAUAUUGAAAGGUCUACAGGUUAACUGGGAGGAUAUACACGAACAGUACCAGAGCCUUUCUGUUGUUACAGACACAGCACCAAAGAAAAACCGCAAGGAAAGAAUGGAGGCAGAAAUGAAACAACUAGAAAGAGACAUUGAAACAUUUGAAAGGCACAAGGUCAUCUACAUUGCUAACUGAAAUUUCUUGAUCAAAUUUGGACAAUUUUAAUCAACUAUUUAUUAAACAGGUUCCAAAUUGUAAAAAACAAAAACUUGAUUCAACAGGAGAGAACAAAAAAUCUUAACUCUGAUUUUGGAAAUGUUGGCACUACAGAAAAAAAAAUCACAAAUACAUGGAUUAAUAGUUUUCAAAUGAUAUAUUCAUUGAUUCAUUGUUUAAUGUUCAGACAAGUGUGGGUAUUAUAAUCUGGGAAGUUUACCAUGAGAAAUACAAUAUGAAUGUCUGUACAUACGGUAAAUGUCACCCUGAAUAGUAAGGUGUGGCUAAAGGUAGAGUUCACUUUAACAUGUACAUAUUCUUAUGUGUAUUCAACAAUACAUUUGUAAAAAUAUUAUGUAAAUAAAUGUCCCGUCUCGUAAGA